GAAGUGCGAGGGUGGGUGCAGAUCCAGGCCCCCAUGAUGUCCAGCAGUACCAAGGAUGUUGUGUGGGAUCCUCUGAAAACAUCUGGAAACACCUGCAGCUGUUCCAACCUCCCCUGGGUCAGAGGUGCAGAUACAUGGUCAGGGCAAGGAUGGAGGAGCAGAACUGAAGGACAUGAACAACCUGGACGAAGGGGUGGAGUUCCUCCCUGCCAUGAACUCCAAGAAGAUGGAGAAGCGCGGCCCAAAGCGACAGGUGGUCGUCACUGUCCUGAUCAUUGUUUUUCUGCUUGUCUCCCUCACCACUGGCCUCCUGUUUUGGCACUUCAAAUAUAGGAGCACACCCAUCCGGAAGGUUUUCAAUGGCCACUUGCGGGUUCUGAACUGGGAAUUCCUGGAUGCCUAUGAGAACUCUAGCUCUCCAGAGUUCAGUAUGCUGGCCAAGAAGGUGAAGAGCACGGUAAGAGGUUUCUUGCCUCCCUCCUUCUGCAAGCAAGGAAUUUUCCUCUUGCCUCAUGGCCAAGGGUAUAUGCCAUGUAAGGUUCCUUGGAGCUUUCCCUGCUCACUCUGACACACUGGCUGGGAGCAGGGACCUUCUUUGGAGCUGCAUCUUGACAUUCCAGCUCCAGCCCAAUGCCAUGGCAUCUCCCUGUGCCAUAGGAGCUGCCAGGGCAUAUCCCAGAGUCACUGUAUGAGUCAGGGCCAGGAUCUAAGGCAGAAGGAUGUCUGAAGGAGGCUGAAGCUGUAGCUGGUCUUACCUCUUCCCUCACACUUGGGGGUUCAACUUCCCC